AUGCCGGCGGCCGGCGGCAAGUCAGCUUCGGCUUCCUCAAGCCCCUCGAUCGAGCGCCUACCGCCGCAGCAACAGACAGGCACCGAUACCAGCAAUGGCCUCAAGCCUGACCCCGCAGCCGUUGCCGACAUGGAGAAAGGCACUGCUGCCGUUCCACAGAAGCCCGGUCCGCCUCCGGGCAUGGCACCCUCAGACUUCCCCGACGGCGGACUGCAAGCUUGGACGACCGUUUUUGGUGGAUGGUGUGGCAUGUUCUGCACAUUCGGACUUAUCAACUGCAUUGGCGUUUUCCUUGAGUACUAUGUCCAAGCUCUGCCGAACUAUGAUACUAGCGCCAUCGCUUGGAUCACCAGCGUCCAGAUCUUCGUGCAGUCUGGUGGGACCGCAGUUUGGGGACGGCUGUUCGACAACUAUGGCCCGAAAUGGCUAUUGAUCAUUGGCACCAUCACGUAUUGCUUCGGCAUGAUGAUGACCUCGCUUUCGACCCAAUACUACCAGUACUUCCUGGCCCAGUCUAUUGUCGCCUCUGCUGGUUCUGGCGCCGUCUUCAACUCGUGCACGUCCUCAACCGCAACAUGGUUCUUCAAGCGACGCGCGUUAGCUAUCGGCCUUGUGGCCUCCGGGUCCUCCCUUGGCGGUGUCAUCCUGCCUAUCAUGAUGAACCACCUCAUCCCUCGAAUCGGAUUCCCCUGGACGAUGCGAGUUCUCGGCUUCAUGUUCCUUGGUCUGUGCGGUAUCUCAUGCCUCACCGUCACGUCUAGACUUCCACCCCGACCCAAACCCGUCCGAGUAAUGGAUUAUGUCAAGCCAUUCAGGGAGCCUGCGAUGCUGUUCACCAUCCUCGGCGGUUUCUUCUUCCUCUGGGGAAUGUUCUUGCCGUUUAACUAUCUUAUCCUUCAGGCGCGAGCUGCCGGCGUAUCGGAGUCUCUCACUACCUAUCUAAUCCCAAUCCUCAAUGCUGUCAGCAUCUUCGGCCGUAUCAUUCCUGGUGCCGUGGCAGACAAGGUCGGCCGGUACAAUACUAUGAUCUGCAUCACUAUGCUAUCUGGCAUCAUCACUUUGGGUCUCUGGAUUCCCGGCAAGAGCGCAGCAGCCAUCAUUGUCUAUGGCGCCAUCUUCGGAUUCACAUCCGGCAGCUUCAUCUCUCUCGCGCCUGCCUGCAUUGCCCAGGUCAGCGACAUCCGCGAGAUCGGCACGCGCACCGGUACUGCCCUUUUCGUCCAGAGCUUGGGCGCCUUGACUGGGUCACCCAUUGCCGGUGCCCUGAUCAGCCGGAUGAACGGCCGGUUCCUAGGGCUACAGAUAUUCUGUGGCAUUGUCAUGCUCGUCAGCACGUGUUUGUAUUCGAUCUCGCGAACCUUCCAAGUCGGCCUCAAGCCCGUAAAGUGUUGA